AUGCCUACCGAGAAUGAUACCGUGAGAAAAUAUGUCCAAUACCUCGGCUUUUUCAACCCCAUUACCAGCCUCAAAAAGGCGGUGAACGUAACCUCCAUCAGUGGUCUGACGUGGAAAUACAGGAGUGCUGCGGAAAGACUUCACUCCUCCACGCGGCUUUGUCUGGGAGCUUUCACCAAACGGUCUUAUAUGAAUAUGCAUGAAUAUCUUAACGUACACGACAAGCGAACCGGAUAG